ACCUGUUCAAACUGCCAAGGAAACCACAUCAGCGCAUAUAAGGGGUGCCCUGCCUAUAAGGCAGAGAAGCAAAAAUUAGCAGUUAAUAGAAUAGAUUUUCACAAAAUUAGGACAAUAAUGGACGCAAAAAGCAACAAUAACGAACGGCAGCCCCCCCCCCCCUUUUCAACAAGACCCCCCGACUACCUUAUAGUACCGAAAUGGCCGAAGCCCGAAAGGAAGCCGCCAGGAAGUCUGCAAUGAACCCGUUCCGGCAAAAUGUGAAGGAUAGUAGACCAAAUCUACCACACUUUUCUUCACAUGAAGCUGCCAUCCAAAAACGCCUAAAUAAAUGGCGCCGGAAUGCAAACAAGUCCUCCACAAAUGGCAGGGCCAAGGUCAAGGCCCCAAACAUGACUAGAAACUCAGCGCAAAGACAUCUGGAAAAAUUCCAGAACAGGCUUCGAAAUGAUCAAAAUGUGCAUAAGGAACAGAAAAAUGUAGAAAAAAAAAUGGAGCGCAAACAGGGAAAUCACGACAGCCCCCCGACAACGAGUAGAGCUGCUAUGGCAAACCUGAAGCCAAGGAUUGUGAAGGAGACAACGCCCUCACCCCAAAAUACCAACACUCUUCCGAAAAAUAGUCACCCCGACGACCCAGUCAUUAAACUAGCAAAUAGAGUCGACAAUUUGGAAAAGAAGAUUGAUAUUUUAAUGGCUUUAAUUAUACAAGGAAGACAAAAUGACCCAGACAUGGAAACGUCGAUGUAACUGUAAUUAAAACAAAACUGUUAAAAGACUGAAAAGAAAAAGACUCCGACGGCGUUUUUAGCAACUAUGUCCUAGUGGCAGAAACUCGCCAAAUCUCCCUCUUGACAACCUGUAAACAAGGAAAUAACUAUAUAUAAUAUUAUAUAAAAUAUUAAAACGACACUCACCAGCAAGCAAUCCGGACUAAAAACCUCUUGACGAUGUAUUCCUGCUGACCCCUACGAAGAAGACGUGAAGGAUGCCACCCACUAGGA